AACGGAAAAUAUGCGUGUUUACCAAAGUCGUUUCGGUAGAACGGUGUCGUGUGUUGCGUCACGUUUAAGGAAAUUGAUAGUGCGCCGAGGUCGACGUGACUAACAUAAUUGUGACUUUACGUUUAUUUGUUGCGAAUUAUAUAAAUCUCCUAGUUAUUUAUCAGUGCAGUUGUGUGGUUUUACAAAAUGGGAUCAAUUUCUCCCCAUCCCGAUAACAUUUGUGGAGACCUGAUUACAGUACAAUGCCACGACUCGAAGUGUGUCCGCUAUAACCUUGCUACGUUAGGUACCAGAAUGAAUUACCAAAGAAAAUCAAAUCAAGGGGCAAGGAAGCGCAUAUGGUGCACGAGGAGUUGGUGCAACUCAUGAAAUGGAAACAAGGUAGGGGGAAAUUUUAUCCCCAAUUAUCAUUCCUCAUAAAAGUGAAUACUCCAAGAGCGGUAAUGCAAGUGACAAAGAAGGCGUUCAAGAAGUUGCCCAACAUUGAAUCAGCGAUGACAGCUCUCAGUAGCUUAAAGGGAGUGGGAACAGCCACAGCAUCAGCUCUCCUUGCUGCUGCUAGCCCAGAAAUUGCACCGUUCAUGGCUGACGAAUGUAUACAAGCAAUCCCAGAAAUGGAAGGAAGCGAUUACACUGCCAAGGAAUACCUCAAUUUUGUUAAACAUAUUCAAAACGUCUGUGAUAGAUUAAAUAAGGAACAAAAUGGCUGUGGAAAAAAAUGGUCACCGCACAUGGUCGAACUCUCGCUAUGGACACACAAUAUACUCUCGGAUCUUCAGCCAGAGUUACUCGGCAAGGAGUCUAAAAUUACUGCACCUAUAAACGGAGGAUCCCCACUGCCCAGCGACGAGAGCAAUCUUGAACCACCCUCGACGAAUGGUAACGGAAAACUAGGUGUGGAAUCAGUUACCGAUGACACAACGUCAUGCACAGAAGACUCGAUGGACGCGAAAGGAACGUCACCUGCAACCCCAGCCACGCCUGCCUCACCCUCCGAUAACUCUGACUCCGCUCUCAGUACGCCACGCGCCAAGCGACAAAUAGAAGAAGCGAGUUCAGCUGAGGAGAGUUCGCUAGGAGAGACGGCAGACGCUGCGGUUGCGGCGGUCGCACCGCCGGUCGCCAAGAAGCUGAGAGAAGCCACCCACUGACACCCGCGCACCCCACCCAACCCUCGUGCGCCUAUAAAUAGCUCUUAGUCUAAAAUAUUGUACCUAGGUAAUUUAUUUUCAAUUCCGUUUAAUUUUAAAUGUUAGCGUUAAGUUUUUAAGACCGGUCGAUUUUGUAAGUUUUUAUAGGGUAUUAUUAUUAAUAUUUCGGAUGCGUUUCGACUUCGACGGACUCACCGGUGGCCUAAGUACAGGAAUUGCUUGCUUGCAAUCGAGUUGUUUUCGAUCAUAGAAAUACUCAGUAAAAUAAAAAUAUGGAUCUUAUUCACUGAGUUAAAGCUCAAAUUUGCCUACAAUUCUUUAGCUCUGGCUUUUGACGGAACGUUUGAAAAACGAAAAUCAGAAGUACAGGAUUUCCGACUCUAAUACGAGUUAUAUGGGAUCUGUUUUACUUCGACGAUACAGAGAUUGAUAUGCAAAAACUACUCUCGAUUGCGAGCAAAUUUUGUACUAAGGCUACAGGAGUAUGAGAUUUUACAAUAUUGGCAUGAGCGUAAUCACGGAGCGGCUCGCGACAGGGCCUAGUGUUAGAUUUCGUUUGUAAUGUUUAAUGUUUGAAAGUUCGCAUCCCGCGUGACAUUCCAAUAAGUGUAAAGUUAGGCGGCGAGGGGGGAGGGGGGUUUUUUGGACAGGGGGGGGUCGCCGCAAGCUCCAGACCAGAUGCCUUGACGUGGCCGAACAGGCCGUCACUCCAUUGCCUUAUGACACAGUCUGCCCGCAGAGUUUAUAUGCAACAAGAUAAUACAAAGGUCGUGUUACCCGGGCGCCGGGCACACGGGCCCACAAUGUAGUUUUUAUUGAACAAAUAUAAGAUAUUAAUUUUAUAA